AUGGCAGCAAGAGCGAAAUUCAACAUAGUAAAAACUCAGAUCAUCCCGAUCGGAAGCGAAGCUUUCCGAGAACGCACCUUAAGAAAACACAACUCAGAAGAGGGCUGGAAUAACUACCCGAGAAACGUCCACAUGGCCGAGGACGGGCACGCAACACGAGUCCUCGGAGCAUGGAUCGGAAACAAACUAAGAGAGGUCGACGUCUGGACCCCGACAUUAGCAAAAAUAGAAUGUGCAGCGAAAAAAUGGGCCGCAACGCACCCGACGAUAGAAGGAAAAAGACACGUCAUCCAAAUGUUCUUCGGAGGGAUGACACAAUACUUAACAGACGUUCAGAGGAUGCCAAAAAGCGUUAAAAAGAGACUUACAACAAUGAUGAGAGACUUCCUCUGGAAUGAACGACACAUCCCACCAGUCGCGAUGCAAACCAUGACCCUCCCGUUCGAGCAGGGCGGCAUG